AUGUUCGUCUGUGUAAAACCAGUUAUGUGCUGCUGUAUUUUCAUUUCUUCUUUUUUCAGUGACAUUUUCUUAAAGAAUAUCAAUAACGUGAUUCAAAAACCGGAUGACGAGAAUGGUGAUCGCUUCUUGCUGGAUCUUGAAGUCGCUUUAAAUUGCACCAAUCAAACAUUUAGGUUGACAGAACACGUUUACCAGAUGAAAAAAAGUGGUAGCUUGUGUCUUCCUGAGGGAAUGAUUUGGAGUAACAACGCCACAAUUUAUUUUAUCAUUCCUGUCAAGGAGCAAGGAAAAUGGAUACAUCAUUUCAUCAAACAGGUCACUACUGCAAGUGUAUUGACCGGUGAUACUAAUUUUCACGUCAUUAUUGCUGAUUUUGAAAGCAAAGAUAUUGAUAUAGAAGAAGCAUUCAACACAUCACUUCUCAAUAGGAGGCAUACUGUUGUCCAAUUACGAACUGGAAAAUUUUAUAAGACACUAGCUUUGAACAAGGCUGUUGAAGUCGUACCCAAUGCGCAUGACAUAGUCUUCUUGUUCGACCUGCACAUUGAUGUACCCGGCAAUAUUAUGGAUAGUAUUCGAAAAGUAAGUGUCUCAAAGUCUACGUUUGGGAAUAAAAUUACAUGAAUAGAAAGAUGCGAGUGGAUUGCUUGCAUUUGCACAUGGCCACUAUUGCUACAAUCUUGGACAAAACUGUUGAGAAAAUUGCAUACUUGGGGGGCAUUUUUUCUGAACUUCGUAGCUGACCGAUUCUUCCCUCCGCCCCUUCCCCUGGAAGCAGUGUUGUUGGGUCUUCAAAAGAAGGCCGGAUCCCUAAGCAUUUGUAGGAAGCAACUUUGAACUGGGGGAGGGGGUUUUCUUUACGCAAAGCCGUUGAUUUGGAAAUAGUUUUGUUGCGUUAGGUAGCGCGCAUUAAUGAAAACAUUUUCUCCAGUAGUUUUGUCCAGGAUUGUAGCUAGAAGGCCUAUUAAUCAGCUACUAAUCAGGGGCACCCAACGACGAUUUCCUUCUAAAUAAAUUGAAAACACUUUUUAGGCUAUCUAGCCUAACCUGGGUAGUGAAAUGUGAAAAUUAAACUUCAGAAAAUCGUAGGGAAUUUAUUAGAUAAGCCUCGAAAAUUGUACAUGAAUGGAACGAUCACUUAGAAAUUUUUAGCCGUCCUCAAGCAAUAGAAAAUUCUAGGCAAUAUUUGCUUCUCCGAACAGACAGACAGAAAACCAUCUUUGGGUGCCCCUGACUGAUCUUGGUUCAAAUUUUAAUCCACCUGGUAACAAAGGUGAAUAAUAAAAACAAAACUCAGUUUAAGGACUAAACAAUAUUUUGAAAGUUUGUUGAUGACAUUUAGUCUAACUUUUUAAUUUAACAUGCCACGGAUGAUAACCCAUACGGAGUAGAGUUUCUUCAUUUUCCAGGGAAAAUACUCUACUUGAAAAAGGGCAAGUGUACUAAAGUGGAAAAGGCCUCCACAUAAGAGACAUUCUGUUUUCCUUAAAAACGUUAAUCAAUGCCCAAAAAAAACAGUUUUUGGAGCAAGUUAUCAACAGGAAACGUGACAAAUAUAGGUUAGCAACAACUAAAAAAUUGAUUAAUUCCUAGUUUUUAAACAGAAACGCUGCGCUCCCAGACGACAUUCUCGCCCCGUCGUUUCUUUUGGUCGCAUGAUCUGGAAACGAGGGGUUAGGGUUAAGCAGAGUGGCUUUGGGGACGAAAAUGCCCAGACGAGCACUUGCAUUCCUUAGCAUACGCAGUAAUACUCGCUGCCAUGGUCUUAAGAAAAAAUUCAAAGUUGUCCAGAAGUUUACCCUCUAUUGUGGGGUACUUCUAUCUAUCUCACUAAUAAUUGUGGAUAUCUUUUACUUGUUAAUGACGUUAGCCUGAGAAAACAGCCGACAUUUGGUGACGCUACCACUAGUUUCCCCGCCAAAUGACGUCUGAGAAACGAGCGUAGAAAUUCCAUACUGAUGAUGCGUCACUACCCAGAUCUGGGUAGUGACGCUUCAUCAGUAUGGAAUUUCUCUGCUCGUUUCUCAGACGUCAUUUGGUGGGGAAAUCAGUGGUAGCGUCGACAAAUGUCGGCUGUUUUCUCAGGCUGUAAUGACGUGAGUUGUCUCAAGUCUGUACACGGAGACCUAAACUUUCCUGAGCAUACAAUCGCACUAAACAUUCAUUCUGAAGCAGUGAUGUAUAUAUCAUUUUACAGAACACCAUAGCUGGUAGAAUGGUGUAUUUUCCUAUAGUUGGUCGCCUUAAUUGUAACAGUGAUUCAAAGGAACAUCGAGGGUUUUGGCAAAUGGACGGGUUUGGUCUUAUGGCGAUUUACAAGUCAGACUGGACAAAAUUAGGAGGUAUGCAAUAUGUGAAACUAAAAACUGCAGCUUAAGUUAUUUGGUCUGCUUCAAUGAUUUGGAGAAGACCAGGAGGGAGUCCUAAAAGUGACUCGUCUGAAGGGUGCAAGGCAAGAUCCUGGGUGGUAUCUUAACGAAAGUUUGAAGUGCUAGUUAGAAUUAGAAGCGGGAACCACGAUCGGAAAACAUGUGAUGGUGCCAGUUUUCUUACAUUUAACCGGUGGCUGAAUUGCAAAAACCAAAAGUAAUAUUGGACGUCAGCAUUACCGCUUGAGUGUAUGUAUGAACUCAUCCCUAACCCUAACCCUAACCCUAACCCUAACCACCGAGACCAAUGAGGGCACAUAUAAGAUAAACUACUAGGACACCGAUGUAAAGAGCGUUUUCACAUGACGUCACGGCGGCCAUAUUGGUAUUGAAAAGCAAUGAAACGGCGGCCAUGCUGGUGUACCAAGACAACCCUGUCGGAAUUGAACUCUUUUCUUAUGUAAAAACUUUCUUUUGUUCCAAUGAAUUAGCAAAGAUGCUGGCCACGUGAGUGAAAACGCUCUAUAUUUCCCCAGCGAUUUGAAAAAUGUCAUAAGCUUUUUUAUGUUCCCUUUUAAUUAACGUGUAAGGGUGAAUAAGACGAGGCCGAAGAUCUAUCAUUACUCCGCAAUGACAUGCAUGUACGAUUUUAAGGGUAUUACUGGUAAUUGGAUUAAAUUACAAACGAGAAAAAAGAACCCUUUUACUUACCAGUUAUUUUAAAAGUUGCUUCAAUUUGUCUCUGAUUUAUUUGUUUGAAAAACUUAUCUUUGCCUAAUCAGGGAUGAACACUCAAGACUACCAAUACAAAUGGGGCGGAGAAGACUGGGAUCUAAUCGAUCGCGUCUUGAUGAUGUCACUUGAAGUUGAACGAAUCAAGCACCCAGGCCUCUAUCAUCACUGCCAUCCAAGACAAGGGAUGUGGAAUUAG